GGUUUGGAUUUUUUUUCUCCCUUUUUUUUUCCCCUCAUAGGAAUAUAUAUUUCGUUAUUUGGCGGAAAGAGGGGGACAAUGCUGAGGACUUUGAGAAAACUCCUCCUUCGGGGAUACCAGCUGGAACAGGAUGGCUUUCUCUACCCCAGAACUUGGCAGAGGACAAUGUCAACUCAGAAUGUCCAGCUUCAACCAGAAAUGCUCAGAGCGGCCUUUGUUACCAGCGAGAAUGACCCAGCCAAACACAGCGCAGAUCACGUAGGUCAAUAUUACACCAUCUCCCCCGAGGAAGUGAAGGAGACCCUCCCUCACGGGCUCCCAGCUCGCUUCAAACUCCAGAUGAAAACUUUCAACGAAGCUUGCGUCAUGGUUCGACAGCCAGCAGUAGAACUCAUCAGCUACUUAAAACACACCAACGUGUCUCAUCCAGCCGUCCGAUAUCUCCUCUACGGAGAGAAGAGUACAGGAAAGACCAUGGUCCUCUGCCACGCUGUGCAUUAUUGUGCCCGGCAGAAUUGGGUCAUCGUUCACAUUCCAGACGGUAAGAGCCAUAGCGAUAGCACUUGCAUGCUUGCCCCAUCGUACUUUAUAGCGCCCUUCGGCCAACUUACAAUGUAGAAGCGUUGUUUUAUU